CUGAUGGAUUUUACCCGGAUACCGAGGAUCAUCUUACACCGGAUAGAUCUCUCACAGUGCUGGGUGUGUAAAGAGGAGGAGGUUCUCAAUGAAUUCAGCAACCAGGAGAGGAAGUUCACUUCAGAUAAAGAAGAACCAGAACAUCAAGAGUCCAAAGAGGAAGAGAAGCAACUCUGCAUCAGUCAGGAUGAAGAGCAUCUUGUGCUGAAACAGGAGACUGAUGACAUUUUGAUGAAUCCUCUUAAUGUGCAAAGAAUCCACAAUGAAACAGAACCACAGAGGAACCAACUCAUCUCUCAUGGCUCUGCUGAGGAUGAGAACCAGGAUCAGGAAGGCAGCAAUUCUGAAGACCCAGGAAAAGAGAGAAAGGAAGAACAGAAACAAAAGGAGAGAUUUGAGAAAAUCAAAGAGCAGAAAAGCAGAACUGACACUGAAAAGCAAAAAAAACACAAGAAAGCUCACGCAGAGCAAAAAUUAUAUUCUUGUAAAAUUUGUGAUAAAACAUUUUCUGGAAACCGUAACUUGAUGGUACACGUGAAAACUCACACAGGAGAAAAACCUUUCACUUGUUCAAUCUGUGGAAAACGUUUCACACAAAAAGGACAUUUAACUCAGCACUUGAGAAUUCACACAGGUGAGAAGCCAUUCUCUUGUGGGACCUGUGGAAAAAGUUUCAGACAACAAAAUGGUUUAAUUUAUCACAUGAGAAUUCACACAGGUGAGACGCCUUUCACAUGUGGGAACUGUGGAAAAAGCUUCUCUCGAAAAGCUCAAUUAGAUUAUCACAUGAUAAUUCACACUGGUGAGAAGCCUUUCUCAUGUGGGAGCUGUGGAAAAAGUUUCAACGAUAAAGGCCAAUUAAAUGUACAUAUGAGAAUUCACACAGGUGAGAAGCCUUUCUCCUGUGGGACUUGUGGAAAGAGUUUCACCCAAAAGGGCAAUUUAGAUGUUCACAUGAGAAUUCACAGAGGUGAGAAGCCUUUCUCCUGUGGGUCCUGUGGAAGGCGUUACAGUGAAAGAGGGACGUUAACUCAGCACAUGAGAAUUCACACAGGUGAGAAGCCUUUCUCCUGUGGAACCUGUGGAAAAGGUUUCUCUAUAAAAAGUCAUUUAAAUGUUCAUGUGAAAAUUCACACUGGUGAGAAGCCUUUUUCUUGUGGGGCUUGUGGAAAAAGUUUCACCCGUAAGGGCAGUUUAAAUGUUCAUAUGAGAAUUCACACAGGUGAGAAGCCUUUCUCUUGUGGGGCUUGUGGAAAAAGUUUCACCAAUAAGGGCAGUUUAAAUGUUCAUAUGAGAAUUCACACAGGUGAGAAGCCUUUCUCUUGUGGGACCUGUGGAAAAAGUUUCACCAAUAAGGGCAGUUUAAAUGUUCAUAUGACAAAUCACACAGAAGAGAAGUCUUUCUCCUGUGGAACCUGUGGAAAAAGUUUCUCUAAAAAAGUUCAUUUAAAUGUUCAUAUGAAAAUUCACACUGGUGAGAAGCCUUUCUCAUGUGGGAGCUGUGGAAAAAGUUUGAACAAUAAAGGCCAAUUAAAUGUACAUAUGAGAAUUCACACAGGUGAGAAGCCUUUCUCUUGUGGUUCUUGUGGAAAAGGUUUCUCUCGAAAAGAUAAAUUAAAUAAUCAUAUGAAAAUUCACACAAGUGAGAAACCCUUCUCUUGUGGGACAUGUGGAAAAUGUUUCACCCAUAAAGACACUUUAAAUGUUCAUAUGAGAAUUCACACAGGUGAGAAGCCUUUCUCUUGUGGAACAUGUGGAAAAAGUUACAGUGACAAAAGGACUUUAAUUCAGCACAUCAGAAUUCACACAGGUGAGAAGCCUUUCUCUUGUGGUACUUGUGGAAAAAGUUUCACCUUGAAAACAACUUUAAAUAAUCAUAUGAGAAUUCACACAGGUGAGAAGCCUUUCUCUUGUGGUACUUGUGGAAAAAGUUUCACCUUGAAAACAACUUUAAAUAAUCAUAUGAGAAUUCACACAGGUGAGAAGCCUUUCUCUUGUGGAACCUGUGGAAAAAGUUACAGUCUAAGAACGACUUUAACUCAGCACAUGAGAAUUCAC